AGGAAUGCCUUGCUUCACUUUGUUUAAUGGCUCUUGCCUCCUGGCUUUAACGAUUUUGGCUAUUAUUCUGAAUGCAAUACCUCUGAUUGUGGACUAUCAUGAUGGCAAGAUAUUUCGGAACUCCAUAUCAUGUUAUGAAUGGUUGCUGCCUGGUGUUUUUGGAGGUGGGAUCUUGGUUAUUCCAGCUGUAUCCAUGUCUUUGGCAGCUCGAAAGGGACAAAAUUGCAAUACCAGAACUGGGUUCCUACUGUCUGCACUUCUCAGUCUGAUCAGUGUUGUUGGAGCCCUCUAUUGUGCUUUGGUUUCACUUUAUUCCCUUGUGAAGGGGCCAUUGAUCUGCAAUGCAGCAAGUCAAAGUGUAGACAACUGUAACUUUUCAAUCGAAGACAUAAGCUCUCUUUCAAAUCUCAAGAUUGAUUUAAAGUGGUUUCUGGAAGAUAAAUGCGGGAUUAAUCAAACUGGCUUUCAAACUGAACCAACACACCUACCAAAUACCAAUUUUAGCAGUGUCGCUAUCAAUGAAUCACUGGUUUCCGGUACUAAAGCUGAACCAAAUGCUCAAACCUCAGCGAUACACGCAGAGCUUCAAAAGACAAUUCACAUGAUCACCUUCGUUGGACUUCUUUUGGUUGGGAUAUUGGAAGUUAUUGUCAGCGUGAUGCAAAUAAUCAUUGGAGUUUGUGGCUGUUUCUGCAAAACAUCGAGAAGAAAUGACGCUGGACCUGUGUAAUAAAUCAUUCCCGUCCAUAAAAAAUAAAGCUCCUGUACAGACAGACACCAAUUAUAUCCUUCCUGAAUGUGCCAAUGCUUGUGAAAACUGAAUUGUACAGCAACUCCUGCCUAACUCUCCACCAGCAAAAAAAUCACUGUUUGACAGCCUUACUUAACCUGGUUUCAAACCUCUUACAUGUUGAAUGGAUACCAUUACCCUGCACAAGUGUCUAAUUGUUUAUAUGCAAACUUGCACAAUCCUUAUGUAACCAAGAUUGACUCCAGAAUGUCUCCUACAUGAGUGUUAUUAUUACUUUGUAUGAUGUUUACAAUAGAAAAUCUAGCUGCUAUUGGUUGUAAUCUAGUACACAAGUGUGGUGUAUUGUUCUCAUUUCUUCACCUGGUUACUUCCACUGGCUUAGAAAGAGGGAGUUAAUGAAGGAAAGGAGUAUCUGAGAAGACUGCAGUGGGUUGUGGUUGCAGGGCAGUUGGAUGGAAUGAUGACAGGUAUGGGAUAUGGGCUAGAAUAUGUUUGUGUUCACUUAAGAGUGUGGUCAGAAUGUAUCUAGUAACAAUUCUAUGUUUGUAUAAAUAAUUCUCAUGCAAGCAUACAGAAGGUAAGAAACCGAAGCAGGAGUUAACCAAACAAGCCCUUGAGCCAUUGAAUAAGAUCAUGACUUUUUGGCCUCAACAUCACUUUCCACACUCUCCCCAGACCUCUUGACUCACUUGAAAUUUAAAUGGCUGCCAACCUCCACCUUAACUACAUUCAAUGACACUAUCUCCACACCUCGCUGGAUGAGAGAAUUCCAAAGAUUCAUGACUCUACAGCAGAGUCUGGUCUCCAGUUAUCCUGCACCUCCUGGCCAUUGCACCAGGACUUCACUCUGUCAGACCAAUGCUGUUGUUGGUAUGUAACAGCCAUUUUAUAUAAAAGAAAAAAUAUCACACAGAGGCAAGUA